UUAGGGAAGACUCUCAUCCUCCCUCUGUCCUCUGAAGGAGCCUGAUCGUCACUCUCUAGGUGCCCAAGAGUUCCCCGAGGUGGCCCCUCCAUAGGGCCUCCUCUCUGUCCUUGACGGUGCUGCUUGUCUGCUCAACCCCCUGGAGGAGAGCAGGGCGAUGGGGCUGCCCCUGCUGCUGCCGCUGCUGCCCCUGCUGCCGGCAUCUCUGCAGGCUGGUUACUGGGCAGAAUCCAGUCCAAAGGUUGGCUCUGGGGUCAACCAACCAGAGCACCUCUCAGCCCCCGAGGGUGGCUCCAUCCACAUCCCCUUCUCCUUCUAUUACCCCUGGGAGUUAGCCAAGGUUCCCAGGGUGAGUAUAGCCUGGAGACGGAGGCACUUCCAUGGGGAGUACAUCUACAACACCACCCCGCCUUUCAUCCGUGAGGAUUACAAGAACCGGCUCUUCCUGAACUGGACAGAGGGUUGGAAGACCGGCUCCCUCCUGAUCUCCAACCUGCGGAAAGAGGACCAGACUACGUACUUCUGCCGGGUCCGGUUGAACACACUGAAGUAUGGCGAGCAGCAAUGGCAGUCCAUCCCGGGGACCACACUCAUCAUCACCCACGCUGUCAAGACGACCACCCUGGGCCCCACCAACACUGCCACCACCACCACAGCUGGCCUCGGGGUCUCAGAGGGCAAAAGGAGCUCAGAGUUUUGGCCCCUGAGUCUGGGAGCCAUGAUUGGGGUGGCACUGGCCUGCGCUGUGCUCAUAACUGUGAUUUUGGGACUGAUGGUCUACCUCAGGUGGAAGAGAAGGAAAGGUCUGCGCACUAAAGCCAGAACCCCAGCCAGGGGAUCCUUCCAGAACACUGAGGAGGAGUACGAGAAUAUUGGGAAUAAAGGACAAUAUACAGACCCCAAGCAGGACCCCAAGGAUGAUGGCAUCUUCUACGCCUCCCUUGCCCUCUCCAGCUCCACCUCACCAGCAGCACCUCCCUGCCCCUCUCUCAGUGGGAGCCCCCAAGAAGAGACCCUGUACUCUAACUUAAAGGCCUAAGGAGUGGACUGAAUGAUGACCUCCUUAGAGUGAGCUGUGCAGAGUGUCUCAGCUUCCAAUAAUAACCUCGGCCAGAUACACGACUCAGAAGCCAGCAGGGGUUGAAGGACCUGAGAGACAGAGCCAUCUGCUCCCACUCCCUCUUCGACUUCCUAGCCUUGCCCACAAAAAUAAAAGUACCCAUAGAA